GCAGUUUACGCGAAGCUCAUCAGAAUUUAUAAUAAGAUUUAUAGGUGAUUGAUAAGAAAAAAGGCGUUGAAUUUAUAUGACAGUGUUUUAAAGUCUUAAAAUUACAGUUUUAAACUAAAAUCCAAGUGAUAGGUAGUUCGUUUGUUGUUUAUGUUUUGAAAUGUUUAUUUUUAAUCGUCCCUGAUUUGUCACGCAAAAUUUCAUAAUAAACAAAAGGAUUUAAGUUGAAACAAAAAUGGACUCGUUCUUUAGCCUUUUUGACCCUGGAUCAUGCAGUGAUUGUUCGAAUAAUCAGGAAUUCGCUCUGGACAACAUGAACAAUCAAAAUGCUCUCCCUCCUGAGCCCCAGCUGGGUAACGUUGAAUACAAACUAAAAAUAGUCAAUCCUACAAAACAAAGAUUCGAACACUUGGUAACACAGCUGAAAUGGCGAUUACGUGAGGGAAAUGGCGAAGCUAUUUAUGAAAUAGGGGUGGAAGAUAGCGGCAUAUUGACAGGACUUUCGAAGAGGGACAUGAACGCGAGUUUGCAGACUCUACAGCAAAUGGCUAUAAAAUUAGGAGCCACGACAACGAUUCUAAGAGAACGAAUCCUAGAUAAUGGUAGAAGCGUCGCAGAAGUUCUCGUAAGGAAGAUACCCGAUGAUCAGAACAACAUCGAAAUUAGAGUGGCUGUACUUGGGAAUGCCGAUGCCGGAAAAUCCACUUUACUGGGCGUAUUAACACAAGGUAGUCUGGACAACGGACGUGGCCGUGCGAGAUUAAACAUGUUUCGCCAUCUACACGAGAUACAAAGUGGCAGAACGUCAUCCAUAUCACACGAAAUCCUUGGUUUUAAUUCUCAAGGUCAAGCUAUAAAUUACAGUUACAGCGAACUGAUAACUGCUGAAGAAAUUUGUGAUUCUUCCACCAAAUUAGUGACUUUUUUGGAUCUUGCUGGACAUAAAAAGUACUUGAGAACUACCAUACAAGGUUUAUCUGGAUAUUCACCACACCAUGCAAUGCUUGUUAUAUCAAGUACCGCGGGUGCAGUUGGAAUGGCCCACGAACAUCUUGCUAUCGUGGUGGCUUUGAAUGUACCCUUUUUCAUUGUAAUAACUAAAAUUGAUUUGGUACAACCCACUAGCACCCUUCAAAAUCUGGAAUCGUUCCUGAAACAAGUGGGAAGCCGUCGCGUUCCGUUGAUAAUCAAAAACGAAGACGAUGUGAUAACUGCUGGAGCAAAUCAGUUGACGGAAAACGUCGUACCGAUUUUUUGCGUGUCCAGUGUAAGCGGAGAAGGCCUGGAGUUGCUUCUCAAAUUUCUGCAUGUGCUGCCUCCAGGAGUGAGCAUCAAGGAAAAAGAACGUUUGGAGCAGGAAUCUCCGGAGUUUCACAUAGACGAAAAUUUCAAGGCUGGGGAUGUAGGUCAGGUGCUCGGCGGGCUUCUGACAAAAGGCGUGAUUACUGAAGGAACUAAAAUGCAGAUAGGUCCGAUGAAAAAUGGAUCCUUUCAGAAUAUAGCGGUGAAGUCUAUCCAUCGAAACCGAGUGCCCUGCAGAAUGGUUAGAGCUGGACAAAGUGCGGCUGUCUGUCUGGACACUUACAUCCCAGGUUUGAGGAACGGUAUGGUACUUUUGAGCGCCGAUCAAAGCGCCAAGGGAUGUAUGUUUUUUCAAGCUAGCGUUUCCGUGCUGUUUCAUGCCACCGCCAUUUAUCCAGGAUUUCAAACGACUGUACACAUAGGGAAUGUUCGUCAAACCGCCGUGGUUAUUGGAAUUUGCUCUUCGAAGUGUAUCCACACUAACGAACGAGAUUCCGUAUUAUUUAAAUUCAAAUUGCACCCGGAAUACGUUUCAGUCGGGCAGAGGCUUCUCUUUAGAGAAGGAUCUGCGAAAGGUAUAGGGGAAAUCACGCAAGUUUUUCCUCUUAACACCACUAAUUAAAUUUUUAAAGAGUAGAACCAAAUUGGGGGGAAAAGGAGUUUCUAUUUAUUUGUAUUUAGAAAAAUAAAUGGCCCUUUAAGAAAAAUUUGAUCUUGUUGUUGCCAAGUAGAUUUUAUGUUUAUUUUAUGUAAAUGAAUCGUUUUAGGUAUAUAGGAAGAUUUUAUUUUUAUUUUUUUGUUUUUUAUAUUUUAAUUCUACAUAAACAUAGCCAAAUAAUAAUAUUGUGUGUAAUAUUUAAAUAUGUGUGUAACUUAUUUGAGAGAAUGCUUAUUUUAUUUCACAAGAUAAAAGAGCUUUUUUAUUUUCGUUUUUUAAAUUUAUAAAUUGAAAUAUUUUUAUUCGUUUCCUAAAAAUUUUUUCUUUCGUCUCUGCUGAAUCUCUUCAGUAAACUGUAUUAAAAUUGACAUACCUAUUAGAACUAUGUAUUUUUAAAUGUCUCGUAUUUAUUAAAAUAAUACGUAAGCUCAAUUAUUUUUGCUGUACAGUUCGACAAGAAUACUUGUAGAUGUAACGUUAAAAUAGUAUAAAUCAUCACAUCCUCACGUCUACAACUACUCCUGUCGGUCUGUAACUUUAGAAAAACUUGAUUUGAGUUGUAAUUUGUAUAACGAAUAGUACAAAAUUAAGAAACAACUUAAUAGUAUAGUAGUGAUAAAUAUUUAACCGCAACUUCUUCUGACAUAGAAGAUUUAUUUUUGUAAUAAAUAAUUUUAAUGUGAUAAAGAUUUCAAAUUUAUUUUCUCCUUUGGAUUUUCAAAUUUCAAGUACUAUAGAAUUAAAUAAUUUGUGAGGUUUUCGUUGGAAGAAUUAGAGCAGAACUGAAGAUGUACACUUUAGAGUGCAUUACCAAUAAAGUUGUGUUUUUAUUAAAAAAAUUAAUAUAUAUUUUUUUAAUUUAUGAUGCCAAUUUAUGACUUGAUUAGGUAUUUUAAGUUAGAGAAUUCUCAGCGCUGCAAUAUUUUUUCCAAUAAUAAAUUUAAUUUAAAUCAGUCUCUAUGUUUAACAUAAUUCCGUUAAAAAUGUAUUUUUCUAGAGGAACUAUUUACAUGAUCUAACUAUAUUUUAUAAAGUUUUAGUAAUACAAAUUUAUGUACAAAUUUUAUUUAAUUUAAUGAC